GCCAUUUGUAAAAGAAGCGAGGAGCCACCAAAAGAGGAGAAAAAAAUCUCCAAAAAGUGUUUUCACAAUGGACAUUUCUGGUAUCGUUAUCCUGUAGAAAGCACAAAAAAGGGCCUAAAGGGAUGUCUAACUCCUGCCAAAUACGUGUACUUUCACUGGCUUCAAGUAGAUUGAACGAAGUGCUGGAAUUUCUCCACAAUCAAGACAAGUUCAACUUUGACCAAAACAAAUGCGAAUCUCUCGUAAAUGCGAUUGAUUCUAGUGUUGCUGAGCUCUAUCAGCAAAUUGUGAAGGCUGAAGACGAUAUUUCUGUAGAUUCUGCGCGGCCAUGUGUAGAUGAUUGUGCUGAGGAAGAGACUCCCAUAGACUCGCCAUCAUGUUUGGGAGGACAGACUAUUGAUGAUAGUGAUGCUGAUACAGAAGAUCCUGAUGAUGACGAUCUUGUCACUGAAAUUGAAAAAAAGGAAAAUCCUCCAGAAUCAUCACCAGGUGUAGUAAAAGAGGAGUCUGAUAGUGAUGCUGAUACACUGGACCCAAGGGAUGAUGACAUUCUUGACCAGGCAAUAUAUCAGGAAAGUGUUUCAUUAGAUGCCCCUUUGGAAAAGGAUGAUAAUACUGAUGAUGCAUAUAAUAAUGAUAUGCUAGAUCCAAUGGAUGAUGACCUGUUUGAUCAAGCUAUAUCCCAGGUGGACUUUGAUGAGCUAUGCAACAAGAGUAUCAAUGAAUAUGAAGAAACAAAAAGUAAUGGAAGAGACUCAUCAGAAAGCGAUUGUCAAGCGAUUCAGCCUGAUCUAAAGUACAUAAAGGUUUUGAAGCGUUAUUUUGGACAUUCAAAAUUUAGACCGAUGCAGUGGAAGAUCAUCGACAUGGUGCUGAACAAACACAGGGAUGUUUGUGUAGUCAUGGCAACUGGUUAUGGGAAGAGUCUGUGUUACCAGUAUCCCCCUUUGUUUACUGGCGGCACUGCUGUCGUUAUAUCACCUCUUAUAUCUCUCAUGGAAGACCAAGUACAGAAACUUGGAUUGUUAAAAAUUCCUGCCUGUUAUCUUGGUGGUGGUCAAACUGACACUGCUGGAGUAAAGGCUAGAAUUUUGAGAGGUGAAUACCGUGUGAUAUACCUUACACCAGAGUAUGUCUGUACAGAUACUGAUUUUCUAGCACGAGUACAGGAUAACGUAGGACUAACCCUUGUGGCAGUAGAUGAAGCUCAUUGUGUAUCCCAAUGGGGACAUGACUUCAGGUCAUCCUACAGAAGGCUAGAUUGUAUUCGAAAGAAGCUUCUUGGUGUUCCUAUAGUAGCCUUGACAGCUACAGCCACACAAGUAGUAAGAAAGGACAUUUGUAGUUCUUUGCAUCUGAAGAACCCAGUCAUGGUCUGUACUGGGUUUGACAGGCCUAAUCUCUUCUUUGAAGUGCUAAAUAAAUCGACAAACAUUGUUGAAGAUCUAAGACAACUCUUGGUGGAGGUCAAAAACAGCCAAAACAACAGAAUAGAGUACUCGUUUGGUGGUUCAACAAUAGUUUAUUGCCCCACAAAGAAAAUGACAGAAACUGUUAAAACUGCUUUACUAGGACUUGGUGUUUCGUGCAGGAUCUACCAUGCUGGUCUUCCCAUCAAUAAACGACAAGAAGCUCAAUCCAAGUUUAUCAGAGAUGAAGUACAGUGCAUUGUUGCAACUGUUGCAUUCGGCAUGGGCAUUGACAAGCCAGAUGUGCGAAGAGUUAUACACUAUGGAGCACCUAAGGACAUUGAGUCAUAUUAUCAAGAAAUAGGGCGAGCUGGAAGAGAUGGGGAAAACAGUACUUGCCAUGUGUUCUAUAAGACUGGAGAUUUUGCUCUUUCUAGGCAUCUCAUCAAUGAAACCACUUCAGAGACACACAGACAACAUAAGCUAAGGAUGCUGAACAAACUGGAACAAUAUUUAAGCACUACUGAAUGCAGAAGAAGAAAAAUCUUGGCAUAUUUUGAAGAUGUUGACAAAAAUGUUGGCGGUAAAGUCAACUGUUGUGAUAAUUGUAAAAACAGCCUUCUGAAUCCUUCGAGAAAGUCCAACAAGAAAGACUUCGCCAAAGAAGCAAGACUAUUCCUCUCUGCUGUUAAGGCUGUUGGGAGUGGCAAAUAUGGAAUAGGAAUGAUUGUCUAUCUUUUGAGAGGAUCUACUAACCAAAAAGUCCCUCAACGAUUUACAAGACUCAAGGAGUAUGGAAGUGGCAGUUGUCACAACGAGAAGUGGUGGAAGAGUUUUGCAAGACAACUAAUGACAGAGAAUAUUUUGGAGGAAAAGUCAAACCCUGGUGGAUAUGGGAGUCUAACGGCUGUUUCAGCUAAAGGAGAACGAUGGCUUUCACAAAGUCGAAGAGACAGUUCUGUCAAACUAGAAUUGACACCAUCCAGGGAUCUUGAAUCAUUUGAACGUCCAUCAACUCCUCCUGUUCCAAGGAUCUUACCAGCGUCAUCUGUAAAUGACUGGAAUUACUAUUCCUAUUCAGUCAGCAACCCUACACCUCAACUGAAAGUACUAUCUACACCAGAGCAGCCUGAAGUGAAAGUUAUAGAUGAAAAGGAACUGGAAUUACAAGGUGCCCUGUAUACAUCACUGCUAAAGAAACGUGCUGACCUGUCACAUGACCUUGACUGUGCACCUUACAUGUUGGCUACUAACAAACACCUUCUUGAUAUUACUAAAUACAGACCAGACAACAAGGAGAAUCUACUGCGUAUAGACGGCAUAUCUGAGAGACAGUGUGAACGAGUUGGAGAUCAACUUAUCCAGUGUAUCAAGGAAUUCUGUUCUGAGAACAACUUUUCUACCAAUAUGUUCCUUGAUCAAACUGACACCUCUAUGGCAACUGCGAAACCACAGGAAGCCCAGGAGACAAGACAAGAGCCCAUGGGUACCCUCCUGCGGGAAAUAAGUGACACAACUCACACGUCUUAUGACUGGUUUCACGAAAAGAAUAUGUCUGUGAAAGAAAUAUCUAAAGCGAGGAAUUUAGUAGAAGGAACAAUAGUGAAUCACUUGACGGAUGCUUUCCGUGCUGGGUAUCCUGUGGACUACAAACGACUUGGAGUGACGGAAGAGGUGAUAAAACAGGUUACACAGGUUAUUAGAUCUCCUCCAAUCAAUUCUGACAUCAGCAAUCUUUCCGCUAUCAAAGAGAAACUACCAAGUCAAAUCACGUAUGGACACAUCAAGAUGGUGAUUGCAAUCUUGGAAAAACAAUGCAGCACUUCAACCCACUUCAACUCAUUUAAUCGUUGGGCUUCUGGGGACUCGCAAAUAAGGAAUCAGAGCUCUUAUUCUCAAGGGACAAAGCGUAAAGUCCCUGAAUGGUUAUCGAACCCAUCCAGUGGUAAACUGGGUGGUAAAGUUAAAAGGAAAAAUCCGUUUUGAAGAUUAGAUGUUUAUUAGGAAAUCACUGUGUGUAUUUUGCACACAACACGGAUAUCUUGGCAAAAUUCUUGUGUUUGAAUCCAUUCUGUUAGAUGUCACACAGGACUUGGACAUUUAAUUCAAAUAAGGAUUAUUAAUCAAAACGAACCAACAAAACUUCUAAAGUCUGACCACAUUUAUUUUUGUACAAACCUUUUUGCUAUAGUAAGUCAUGUUGUACAAGGUACAUUAAUACGAGAAACCAAAUAAAGGAGAGGGGCAAGACCA